UGCGUAUUACAGAAAUCACGUUCAGCUCCAGUUAUUGAACUUCCUUGUUCAGUUUGUACGUCGGUCACCAUGAUGGUUUCAAUUUAUCUCCUGUUGAUUAUACUUAUGUGUUCCUAUGCAUACGAUAACCUUGCCCUCAGAAAACCGACAUGGCAACUUCAUCAAUAUGGACCAGGUGACGACCGAUUCAAUGCAAGCAAUGCUGUUGAUGGACUCAAAUCUGACCUCAGCGCCUGGGGAGGUCAAUGUGUCAUAUCGAAUAGCAAUGAACUGACAGCCACAUGGAGAGUGGACUUACAGGACAUUCUCAGUAUACGUCACAUUACCAUUUAUUACAGGACAGACAAUGUUGCAUGGGGAUCAACAUAUGGCUAUUCUGGAAGAUUUUUGGGGUUUUCAUUAUACAUAUCAAACACAACCGACAGAACACAGGGAGAAUUGUGCUUUCACGACACAAACUUCACAAGGGAUACUAUACCCGCCGUCCUUAACGUCACUUGUCUAGUUCACGGACAAUACGUUAUUUACUACAAUGAAAGACUACAAGGAGUGACCUACCCUGAUGACUAUAGUAACUACGCAUUUAAUGAGCUCUGUGAGGUAGAAGUCUAUGGAUGUCCCAGUCCUGGAUAUUAUGGAACAGAUUGUUCCCUCUCGUGUCCAGAUGUCAACUGUAAAUAUUGUCACAUAGAGACGGGGGCGUGUCAGGGAUGUAACCCUGGGUACAAAGGUUAUCGAUGUGAACAAGAAUGUGACGGCAGAAAGUAUGGUGAAGGAUGUCAGUAUGAAUGUGGGAAAUGUAAAGACAUGGUACAGUGUCAUCACAUAAACGGGACAUGUUUAAACGAAUGUGAACCAGGUUUCAAGGAAGGACGAUGUGUAGAACAAAACAUAGCCUUACACAAACCAGCAUGGCAACGUAGUCAAUUCAUCCCAGGUAACGCGAUAUUCAAUGCAAGUAAUGCUGUGGAUGGACUGAAAUCUGACCUCAGCGCCUGGGGAGGACAGUGUGUCAUAUCGAAUAGUAAUCAACAAACAGCAACAUGGAGAGUGAACCUAGAGGACAUCCUCAGUAUCCGUCACAUUACCAUUUAUUACAGGACGGACAAUACUGCAUGGGGUUCGGCAAAUGCUUAUUCUACAAGAUUUUUGGGGCUUUCGUUAUACGUAUCAAACACAACCUACAGAAAUCAGGGAACAUUGUGUUUCCACGACACAAACUACACAACAGCCACCAUACCCGCCGUCCUGGACAUCAGCUGUCCAGUUCACGGACAAUACGUCAUCUACUACAAUGAAAGACUACAAGGAGUGAGCUACCCUGAUGCUUAUAGUAUCUACGCAUUCAAUGAGCUCUGUGAAGUAGAGGUUUAUGGGUGCCCCAGCUCUGGGUUUUACGGAGAAGACUGUUCCCUCCGGUGUCCAGUCAACUGUAGAACUGUGUAUUGUCACAUAGAGACAGGGGCGUGUCAGGGGUGUAAACCUGGAUAUAAAGGUCAUCGAUGUCAACUAGAAUGUGAGAACGGGAAGUAUGGUGAAGAAUGUCAAGAGUAUUGUGGACAUUGUACAGACCUGGCGCAGUGUGAUCAUGUUAACGGGACGUGUUUAAGUGGAUGUAAUCCGGGGUUCAAACAAGGAACCUGUAAAGAUGCAUGUGAUGGUAAUGAAUAUGGAGAGGGAUGUCAACAGAGUUGUGGAUCGUGUCUAAAUUCAGAACAGUGUCACCACGUAAAUGGAUCUUGUUUGAAUGGAUGUAAUCCGGGCUACCAAGGAGAGACAUGCAAAGAAAAAUGUGAGGUUAGCCUAUAUGGUGACAAUUGCAGUAAGUCAUGUGGACAUUGUUUACGUCCGGAACAGUGUGACAACAUCAACGGAACGUGCAAGAAUGGAUGCAAGAGUGGUUUUCAAGGAACGUUCUGUAAUGAAACUUGCAUGAUGGGAACUUUUGGCGAAGAUUGCAGAAAACUUUGCAACGUGAAUUGUAAAGGAUGUGACACAAUAACAGGGAUAUGUGACUCGGGUUGUUACACAGGCUGGAAAGGAUCACAUUGCAGUGAAGAAUGUGACAAUGGGAAAUAUGGUGCUGCCUGUGGACUGAGAUGUGGAGAUUGUUUGGGUGAUAUUCAGUGUGAUCAUGUCAAUGGGUCUUGUUUCAGUGGUUGUAACGAAGGCUUCAGGGGACCCCUGUGCAAAGAAGAAUGUUCAGUUGGUUCUUAUGGAAAGAAUUGUCUAGAGAAAUGUAACACGAACUGUGGAGUUCCAAGGAGGUGUAACAAAACAUCCGGGGAAUGUGAGGGAGGCUGUCAACCAGGAUGGAGAGGGACCCUGUGUGAUACAAAGUGUGGUGAAAAUCUCUACGGACCAGACUGUAAUCAAACAUGUGGUAAAUGUCGGGAGGGGAACCAGUGUCAUCACGUCAGCGGUUCCUGUAAUGAGGAAUGCGAACCUGGAUACCGGGGAAACAAGUGUAAUGAAGUAUGCGAGUUUGGACAUUUUGGUGCUAGUUGCCGACAGGAAUGCAGCGUAUUCUGUCAGAAAUCACGUGCUUGUCAUCAUGUGACGGGUGUUUGUAGAGAUGGCUGCAAAAGUGGAUGGCGUGGAGAUGAUUGUUUAGAAGUUGAUAAUCAAAUGCAAGAAGAGCAAACGGGAAACAACUGGGAAACCAUGUUUUAUGGAAUCCUUGGUGCCUUCUGUGUUACACUUGUUGUAAUUGGUGUACUAGUGUUUGUUCUUUACAAAAUGUCGAAAAGACACCAGAUGGACAGAGACAAUAAUAAGAAAUACCAAGCAAGUGAUUUAUCCAGUCCCAGGAAAGAUAAGGUGACACAAGACCAUAGCAAUGAGAAUGUCAACAGUGCAUACCAAGAAUUGGGAGAACUGAGUUCAUCGUCGCCAUAUGACUCCAUUUAUUAAACGAUAUUUGCUUUGAAAUCCGUAUAGAGCCCGUUUUGUUUUGAAUAGCAUGGGUUUACCUAUAUCGAAGUAUUGAUUUUUUUUAUUAUCUACAGAUAAUCAAUAUAUCGACAACAGAAACACAAGGAGCGGGCACUAAAAUGUAUAUGUUUCUCCCAUAAAAAUGAAUUUAUGAAACGAGAUUUUCCUGAUAAAUAACGUCUUACUAAAAGCUCUUGUACCUCGAUUUUCUGAGAUACCUUUAUAAAAUACAUAUACAAAUGUAAAAUAUAUUAAUCUUAUGAAAGGUGAAGAUAACGAACAGUGAUCAAUCUCAUAACUACUAUAAGCAAUACAAAUAAAUAGUUGGGCAAACACGGACUCCUAUACACACCAGAAGUGGGAUCAGGUGCCUAGGAGGAGUAAGCACCCCCUGUUGACCGGUCACACCUGCCGUGAGCCCUAUAUCCUGAUCAGGUACAUAUGAUUGAUUAUGUGAUUGAUCUUAAAGAAAAACAUCUUUUUUGUCCAGCGUAUCGUCUACUUGUCAUUGAAUUUCUUACAUAAUCGAAGAGUAUAUCAGGCAGUAAACUUGUGUAGAGAUUAUAUCAAAACAUCCUGAUUGAUAACGAAUAAAACAAAUCUCGGCAUCGUGUGCACUAUUUAACGAGCAAGUAAUAAUUGUCGAUAUUGUCUGCAAUAUUUUGGUAUACAAACAAUGGAGUCAAGGGGAGAUUUGCAUAAUUUAUUUCGGAAAUAUUAUACGAUGAUUCUACCAUUUAUGUCUACCACAAAAGGAAAAAUCUACAUUUAUUUAUUCGUUGUAUUUAUAUUUCGUACUGAACAUGUUCUUCAAAGUGAAAAAUCAGUUACUGUGAGUUAAAUAUGAAUGAAAGUACAUGAAAAUAGCUGUAAAAGCCAAUUCGUCAAUUUGUGACUUUACAAAAGUUUUCGACGUCAUCGGUUGUCGUACACAAUAUCUUGUAGCCCGUGAAUUUAUGGAAAGUAGCAGGAUUUGUUAGCUGUUGAUGGACAUUAUUUCACUUAGAAUCAGCUUUGUAUUGAAGCUUAAUUUUUCUGUAAAGUGUUAGCUUUAGAUGCUAUUAGUUGAAGUUUAGCAAUGGAGUAACAGUGUAUUAAGCUGAUACUUAUUAAUUUGAUGGUAUGCACACUUAUUAAUUUCGGUAUAAAUUUAUCAUUUAAGGAUACAUGCUGUUAUAUUUUCACUCAUUAUAUAUAUACUAUUGAUGAGGUUAGGUGUAGGCAUUGUUUAUGUAUGCAACUCGGUAGACACAUUUUAUAAUUGUGUAUUUACGGAAAAUAACUUCUUUUGCACCAUGCAAGUUUUUGUCUCUGGUUGAAAAAGUUGCACCUCUUUGUACAUAUGUGUCAAUGUCUAGGUAUUGUACAUUUAUAUUACUAAAAACAACAUACAUGUUAGUACAGUCCUUAAUGAAGCGAAUUAUAUUGAUUAAAUGUAUAUAUUUUUCUAAUACAUGUGUUACAUAAUAAUUAAAUUGCUGGGAUUUAUUAUCAUGCUGAUUAAACUAACUUGUAUUUACAA